ACGCCAGCAGGGGCGGACUGACCAUUUGGAAACUCGGGCACUGCCCGAGGGCCCGGGGUCAGUAGGGGGCCCCAUGAAAUGCCCCUGGUACCUUUUUCAUAGGUUUUUUUGAGUUUGGGCAAGGACACAGGGGCCCCAUGAUCCCCUAUUGCCCGGGGGCCCCAUGAGUUGUCAGUCCGCCCCUGGACGCCAUCCUCCUCAGCACUGCCUAUUAGUACCCAUCAGUGCCACCUAUCAGUGCCCAUCAUGGCUGCAUAUCAGUGCCCAU